CAAACCUUGAAAUAAAUGUUUCAUGAGAAAAAAUUAAAAGAAAGAAAACGUAGAAUUUGCUGUUUUUAUAUUUUUAGGCGCGCCACACAACGAGGUCCAGAUGAAGUGUGCAAGAGAGAGGGAAAAUGCGCGAUAACUCCAGCUGAUAGAAAACAUUGUACAGCUUGUAGGUAUAAUAAAUGUCUGAGUAUAGGAAUGCGACCAACAUUUAUCCUAAAUGAAGCUGAAAAGAAGACCAGAUUUCGAAAACUUUUAGAGAAAAAAGAAACAACGGUUUCUCCGCCAUCUGCAGGUCCAGGCAUAACUCCGAGCACCACAAGUUUCACGCCCGGAGAAGACGACAUUCUUCCCUCCCCAUUUGUUUCCUCUACUAGUCCAGGGAGCAAUAAUUCUCUAUCUCAGGGUGGAACCAACCUAAUGGAUUACAGAUCCGUCUCCCUCGGAGAUUAUCUAACCUCAGAUGAUGAAUCUAUUCACCUCAGUCCUUUAUCUCAUCAACGUGUUCAUCCGUACAAAGUGGAAACUGUAACGCGGGGUCGAAAGAAGACGACAUUUGACAGAAACUCUUCAAUUUCGUCAGAUGUUGAGCAAGAGCAGAUUGAAUCAGUAAUAUUUCCUAGUUCUCUAGUUCCCGAUUUAGAAGGAGGGAUGAAAGAUGAUGUUCUCCAUGAAAUAGAAAGUUUACUGAACAAUCAGAAAGAACAUGAAAAUUUGACAUUUUCUGACUUGGAUACAAAUAAAUUGAACAUGAAAACUAUGAUCGGUAAACCUGAAUUAAACUUAGCUUCUGAAGUUUCAGUCCCCGGAACUGCUGGAUAUGUAAAAUGUAUUCCUUCAAAUAACAUUGAUGACACUGAUUACACAAGCAUUGAUGAAGCAGCCUUAAACGGAUUAUCUUCUCAUGUGAUUCCGGUCACCGCUGAUGCUAAAAAUGUCAGUUCUUUUCAAAUAAGAGAAUAUGGAACAACACAGAACUUAUUUAAUAACGAGAAAAUGAAACAUCACAGCACUGAACAUCCAACAAUUUUUCCAACUGACUUCUAUCGAGUCACAUUGAAGUCCCCCAAUAUUGGUUCUAGUCUUCCUAAUCGUUCCAACCCAGCUGAUAUGGGGGUCAGCGAUACUUUUCAACUUGAUUUGGGUCUUGCCAAUACUUCUGAAAUUAAAAUGGAAUUCAGUAAUACAUUAAAUCCUGAUUUAGGCUCGGGAUUUGACAACAUCUCCAUUUCUAACAUGGAAGUCAGUGAUUCUUUAAAUUCUUACUUACAUUACCGUGAAACGGGACUUAGCAAUAAUUUGGGAUUCAGCAAUGCCUCUGAAUCUGACUUGGGAUUCAGCGUUACUUCUGAACUUGAUUUGGGAUUUAGCAAUGCCUCUGAACCUGUCUUGGGAUUCAGAAAUAUAACCGAAUCUGUCUUGGGAUUUGGGAAUACCUCUACAGAUGACAUGGGUUUCAGAAAAACACUGAAAUCCGAAUUUGAAUAUCAUGAGACAACUAAUUCUAUAAUUGAAUGCAGCCACACUUCCAAACCAAACUUGGGAUUCAGUAAUUUAUCCAACAUUGAAUUGGGAAUGAAAGACACCUCUGUAUCCCAACUAGAAUACUGCAGUACUACUAAACAUGAUCGUGGGUUUACCUUUACAUCGAAACCCAACUUUGGGAUGACCGACAAGGUUGGUCAGGGUCAGGAUGAGGAGACAAAACUCAGAUACCUAUCCACAGUGUGUCCAACAAACAGCAAACAGUGUGGAUUGAGAAGAGACGAGGAUGAGUAUACAGAAAGGAUGAUUUACCAGUAUAUGGCUCAAUAUCAGAGCAAGUAUGAAAAGUUUACUGCUAAUCAACCACUUUCCCUCACAGAGGAGACAGAACCAUCAGAGGGGGCUGAAGAACAAUUUAAUAUAGAUGAGAAUGAACUUUUAAAGAUAGUUCUAAAUAUAGAUCUAGUAAAGGCCCUGGAACUCUACACUGUAGAAGAAACAAAAUACCUAGAGAACCGAGCACAACUGUUCUGGAACCGAUGGUCUAACUUCAGUAUGGGUCCUCAGGUUCUAGGAUACUACAUGGACUGGUUGAAGAGAGGAGGAAAGAUGUGUCCAUCCUUCUAUCUUCAGAGCAGUAGACAAAUCAGAUCCAGGCUCAUAGCAUUUAUGUUGGAAUAUGGAGAAGGAUCAAGACUCUCAGAAGCAGAUAUUGUCACUCUUCUUAGGGAGAAUGUUGUAUCAGGAUCAUCUCUGUUCAAACUGUGGAAUUUCACACAUGAAGAUGAAGAACAGUGCAAAUACACACUUGGUGCGGAUGAUGUCAGCUGGUGGACCGAACACAACAUGUCACCAAGGUAUCUGCUACCUAUCUGGAACCUGAAGUCUAUGAUAGAACUGAUGCCCUUCUCCCCCCUCAUGAGAACUGGGUUGCUCAAGGUCCUAAACAGGCACAAGAAGGACUUCUUUAGAAGCCCAAAGGUGUACUUCUUAAUGGUGGCUGUUGUACUUUAUAACCCUGAGACCCCUGGGUUGGAGAAUAAAGAGGAAGUUCACAAAAUCAGAGAAGAGUUUAUCACCAUUCUUAGGAGAUAUUUAGCUCAGAAUUGUGAACUGUCCGCUAGUGAGAGCAUGAAGGCUGUAUUUGAUUGUAUAGGAUCCAUCCCAGCCAUCAGAUCCUACUUCAGUGUAGUCUGGAACAAAUCUCAAGAUGUGGCACCGGCGCUAGACCCAGUCAACCUGGCGCCUAGCAAUAAUGUUCUUCAACCUCAGUUUGAGGCGGAUCCCUCCUGUGGUGGCGGAGGUUUCAACUGCUGCUCCGCCGGAGGCUGUAAACUAUUGAAGAAAUACCAGAUAUAAUUCAGGGGACACAAGUUCCAAACAGUGAAUUUGUUCUAAACCUGACAAUGAGUUUCAGGUCUGUGCCAAAUCACGGUUUGGAACUUGCGUCCCAUGCAAUACAAAUGCAAUAAAUUUCAAAAGAAAUCCUGUCAAAAUGUUUAUUUUUCGCUCCAUAAAGAGAAAAAUUUGUUCUUACCAAAAGAGAAAAUUGGUCAAAAAAAUAUAUUUUAAUUUUAAAUAUAUCUUCUUCCCAUUAAAUCAAAAUAAAUUUCUAAGCAUUUUCAAGAUUUCGAUAUUGUCAGCAGAAAAUAUGACAAAACAUCCCGGUUGAUAUUGUUUUGAUCAAGAUAUUGUAAUUGUAUAAAAAAAUGUAAAAUAUGUUAAUGUGUUAUUUCAAGAAAUUCUAUAAUUCUAGCACUGUUAUUAAUGUAUUUGUAUGAUAAAUAAAAGAUUUAAAUACCA